GACUAAGGAAGGGUCUCGCUAUGCGGGCGCUUGCGCAAGGCUGGCCACUGGCACUACUGCUGGGGUUCUGUUACGCGCGGAAGCCACCUGGCAAAGCUCGCAAUGUUCUCCUUAUUGUAGCUGAUGAUGGUGGUUUUGAGAGCGGCGCGUACAACAACACAGCCAUCAAUACUCCAAACCUGGAUGCCUUGGCCCGGCAUAGUUUGAUCUUCCGGAAUGCCUUUACCUCUGUCAGCAGCUGUUCUCCCAGCCGGGCCAGCCUCCUGACAGGCCUGCCCCAGCACCAGAAUGGGAUGUAUGGGCUCCAUCAGGAUGUACAUCACUUCAACUCCUUUGACCGUGUUCGUAGCCUUCCUCUACUGCUCAGCAAGGCAGGGAUCCGGACAGGGAUCAUUGGGAAGAAACAUGUUGGACCGGAGGCUGUGUAUCCCUUUGACUUUGCCUACACUGAGGAGAAUGGCUCUGUCUUGCAGGUCGGGAGGAAUAUCACUCGGAUCAAGCUACUUGUUCGGAAAUUCCUCCGCAGCCAAGAUGAAAAGCCUUUUUUCUUCUAUGUUGCUUUCCAUGAUCCUCACCGCUGUGGCCACUCUCAACCCCAGUAUGGAGCCUUUUGUGAAAAAUUCGGCAGUGGAGAGACUGGCAUGGGCUGGAUCCCAGACUGGAAACCACAACAUUACAGCCCAGAUCAAGUGCAGGUACCGUAUUUUGUGCAGGAUACGCCAGCUGCUCGUUCAGAUUUGGCUGCUCAGUACACAACAAUUGGCCGCAUGGAUCAAGGUAUUGGCCUUGUCCUGGAGGAGCUGCACAGUGCUGGUUUCAGCAACAAUACACUUGUGAUCUACACAUCAGACAACGGCAUCCCCUUCCCCAGUGGCAGAACCAACCUGUAUUGGUCAGGCACAGCUGAACCCCUCCUCAUCUCUUCCCCUGAGCAUCCUGCAUGCUGGGGGCAGGUCAGCAAUGCCUAUGCCAGUCUUCUGGAUAUCACCCCUACCAUUUUGGAUUGGUUCUCCGUGCCAUAUCCCAGCUACAGCCUCUUUGGGAAGCGGAGGGUGCAACUCACAGGGAAGUCCCUGCUGCCGGCCCUGUUGUCAGAGCCAUCGUGGGCAACUGUCUUUGCGAGCCAGAGCUUGCACGAGGUGACCAUGCACUACCCCAUGAGAGCUGUGCAGCGUGGCUCCCUGCGUUUUAUCCACAACCUGCAGAACCGCAUGUCCUUCCCCAUUGACCAAGAUUUCUAUGUUUCACCCACAUUCCAAGACUUGUUGAAUAGGACUCAGGAAGGGCAGCCCACCCACUGGAACAAGACAUUGCACAGCUACUAUUACCGAGAACGCUGGGAGCUCUAUGAUCACAGCACGGACCCCACUGAAAGCAGGAACUUGGCUUCUGACCCUCGCUAUGCUCAGGCUCUCCAGGAGCUACAGGGGCUUCUACUGAAGUGGCAGUGGGAAACGGAUGACCCCUGGGUGUGUGUGCCUGAUGGGGUCCUGGAAGAUAAGCCCAGCCCCCAGUGUCGGCCUCUCCACAAUGAACUGUGAUUUGAGUUUCUUGUGGUUGCUAUGACUUCCUCAUGCA